AUGAUGCCUUCUACUGAAGACAAAAACAAUACGUCAGUUAUUUAUCGUUCUGUUAAAAACCAUGAACAACAACAAGCUAUCGAUCUUUGGUAUAAAGUACAUAAGGUUCAACCAGGAUUUUUCGAACGUUAUUUUAACAAAGAAACAUCACCUUAUUAUCAAGAAGGUGAUACUUUAGGUGCUUGGAUUGAUGGACAAUUAGUUAGUGCAAUACAUAUUCGACGUCUUUAUAUUCGAUCUCGUGAUGAUAAUACCGAAUAUUUAUGUGGUGCUAUAUCUAAUGUUGCAACAUUAGAAGAACAUCGAAGACAUGGAUAUUCACGUCAUCUGUUACAAAUGUCUAUUACAGAAAUGGAACAAAAUGAAUUUGAUAUUUCAGUUUUAGGUACUGGACAACCUAAUCAUUAUUCAGUUCUUGGAUGGGAACAAAUCCUUUUACCAUCUCCAAUUAGUAUCGAAUGGAGUCAUUUUAGUUCAUCUGGAGAUAAUCAUCACUGGUAUUCAACAAAUGAUAUACUCUCAUCAAAUUGUCAAUUAUUACUUGAUAUUCAUUCAAAUAAGCCUCGUACUUAUCAAUUUAAUCGAUCACCAGUAACAAUGUUUCAAGGUUGGACUGGAUGGAAUUGGAAAAAAGAAAAUUCUAUUGCAUAUUUAUUACACGAUGUUCAACAAGGUUAUAUUGUUAUUAGUAAUCUAGAUAAUGUCAAUGAUAUUUAUAUAUCAGAAUGGCGUGCAUCAAAUGUAGAUGUUGAAAGAAAAUUAUUUAAAUUAGCAGCUAAUGAAAUUCGACGACGACAACCACAAAUUAAAAUAAUUCGUUUUCAUACUGUACCACAAUAUAUGAGUUUAGAAGAAUUAGACCUAUGGGCUGGUACAGUAACUAUUAGUAAAAAUGAUCAUACUAUGAUUCGUAAUAUUCGAUUAUCAAAUGAAAUUUUAGAAAAAAUAAAAGCUGCUUAUUUAAGUGGUCAUGCAACUUUUUGGCCAGGUGAUUAUUUUUAA